AUGCCAGCCCAAGAUCGGGAUGAUACUCCCCGUGAUCGGGAACUGGUGCGCCAACAACUGACCCAUAGCGAGUCCCGGCUCUCAGUUCCAAUGUGGGAUAGUUCUGACCCAGAGCGAGCACCACCACCAUUGCCCAUGAACCCUCGCUCCAUGAGCCCUGCGACAAAAAACAACGUGUCGCCAAAUAUCCAGGCCGUGGCAGCCAAGUUUACAGACAAGCCGAGCGAAAAUGCUCCGAGCUCCUACACAACCAACCCAAUGCCCCACAAGACUGGUUCUCCAGAACGGUCAUUAGUAAAGGGCUAUCACAAGCGCAUGCAGUCGCUUCAGCCGUCUGACACCAAGCACAAUGCACGAGCGGAGUUUCUGAAUUACUUGGAAAGCAGAUCGCCAGAACGGCCUCUGCGUGCGACUAUUGUCGACUCGGCGAUCAAGCCCGUCGAAGUACCCAAAGCCCCAGGGUCCCCUCCGCGUCCUUCAUCAGAACGAGGACUUCCAAGCUAUGUGUCCAGCCGUUAUCUGUCCAAACCAAUCCUCGGAGAGAGCACACCGCCAUCGGCAACUAUGCUCGCUCUACAAAACAUGCAACUACCCGCCGACGAUGACCCCCCCAUCGCCCUCUAA